AUGCCUCUCUCAAGCCGAGCUGCUUCUGCUCGCUGGACCACCGGGAGUGCUGCUCCCCGUACGACUGACAUGUUGCCUGCAUCGACGAUCACUGCUGUUGCGACCGCUCCUCCCCGCGUCCCCAAUCACAAGCGCGCUCGCUCUCCAGAUCCAGACCGUGAAGAGACGAUGCCCACAAGCGCUCUCGUGGCAGUGCUGCGGCGCCUGGUGACGACAAAACCGCCGACCCCCGGACCCGUGAACGGCUGGAGCGCCACCAAGCACCGCCAGUCUCAGAUAUGUAAGGCUCUGGGUGCUCGCAUCGAGCCGUUUUUCUCCCGCAAUGCCACUCAUGUCAUUACGAGCUGCCCUCGCCCUCGCAUAGAUGCCUUAAUGGCGGAAGCCGCUUCUAAUAAAGAAAAUAACCCCAAGAAGAACCAGGAUGUAUCUCGGAGCCCCGCCAAGACCUCUGUUCCGUCUACUUCUCGUCCUAAACCUUCCGAUGCCCCAGAGACCAGUGCGCUUCUGGCCAAAGCGAUCGCAUAUGGUAUCAAGAUAUGGGAAACUACCAAAUUAACCAAUAUUCUCGAAUCCAUCACCCAUCAGAGUCGAGCAUCUCGUUCCGCCACCCCCUCCGCCCAGCCGACACUCGAGCAUCUCCUCGCAACCGAACGCAUUCAUGGCACCCACGAACGUGACCCUACAGCGCGCCGCCCAGACUACACAUACUUCCCUCGUAACUCUUACGUCCUACUGGUUGAGGAUUUGACUGGGGUUCAUGCGACUGUUGCCACCCGUGACUUUGGCCCCAAACCCGUGGGUGGAGCAAAACCAGGCUGGCCGGUCUGCUACGCUCAUCCGGAUGCCCGAGGUCCAUUUGAACCACCUAAACCAGAUAGGAAAGAGCGCGGACGUGAACGAGAGCGAGAUCCUACGGUGGUCAGCCGACUUCGCCGUACGGCAUCGAUGUCACAACUGAGAGGCAAACGACUUGUUGCAAUGGGAGAUGAACUGGAGCAAGAGCAAGAGAUCGAAGAGGAUCCGGAUGCCGACCAACCGGGCUACAUCGCCGCGUCAGGCAAUAGUGUGGCUAUUACGUCCAACGUAGCGAGCACUACCUCCACAGCGGUCACUGGUCCUACGCUACCUCGCGUCCGGUCAACGUUACGAUUCCAAGCUCUGGCCAAAGGUGCAAGUGCCGGAGCUGGAACGAACGCGAUGCCUCCACCUCGGACCAUUAGAAAAGCUAAGAGUACGAAUACGCUGGCGGUGCGAUUGCCGCCCCGAGAAGAGAGAAAGAAACCUGGAUACUGUGAAAAUUGCCGUGCGAGAUUUGAGGAUUUCGAUCAGCACAUAAACGGAACUAAGCAUCGCCGGUUUGCGACCAAAGACAGCAACUUCCGCGAGUUGGAUCAGCUUUUAGAUCGCAUACAACGUCGGCCCAUCGAACAGGCUGAGCAAUACGACGAGGAUGACGAUUCAUACCAUUAUGGCGGACUGGAGGAUGAUGUCGGUGAUUCUUCGGAAGACUAUGGCGAACUAUUGGCGCCAUCCCUUGGGGAAUUCGAUUUUAUGGACCGUCGUGUAAUGACCAAUGGCAAGGCUGGACUUGAUAGCGACGUUAUAGUUGUUGAACCAGGCGACACGCAAGAAGAAGACCAGGACGCUGGGAUAUAG